AUGCAAUCAUUAAAUAUAGAAGAUUUUUUGGAAGAGUUUGAUGUUCGUUACAUGGAAUCUUACAAUCAAGUGGUAAAUGGUACCGGAGGGGUAUCUCUUCAUGACAUGCAUAAGGACAUAAGUUCAAUACCAUUGACUGGUGAUCCAAAGACUUACGAUGAAGAGCAAAAAUCGACUUUAUCUUCUCCUUUACUUGGGAGCACCUCAACCUUUACUCAGAGCGAAAGCUUCCUCUUAGAACCUAGUUUCACUUCGAAAGAUGAUAAUUAUACCCAAAGUUUGUCAAAUAUGCGGCCACCGUUGAAGCCAUCUGUGACAAUUGCUUCCAUAAAUACUAUUGCAAAAUUCCAGCGCAAUAAGCUUGUCAAACGUUCAAAUGUGGUUGACACGAAUUUUUCAGAAAGAUCUGUACUAAGAAGAAGACACUCUGUUCCUUCAAAAUGUGUUGGUAAUCCUUUCUACAAGCGAAACAGACACCUGUCAACUUCAUCUGUACCUAUUCAAACAUCUGUCAGAUCCGACUUAGAUGCUUCGCCUACCCAAUGCAUGGGGGUAUCCUGCCAGCAGAAAAGACGAAAGCCAUCUCAGGAUUUACAUUUGAAUCUGAAUCGACGUUACUCAGCUGGCUCUGAUGUUUCAUCUGUUGAUUCAUAUUUUUCUUUAGUGCAAGACUCUGAUGAUUCUCAUUACGAAAUUAAAUCUUUCAAGAAUAUUCUCCUGGAUGAAUAA